AUGUAUCUACCAUUCCUCUUGCUAGCUAUUUCCCUGCAUGGACUGUCUGCUCUCGCGACUCUGGAGGCCGACAUUGACGCGAACAACAAGGUCUCUUCCGCGGCAGACUCAUGCCCUGGAAAUCUCCCUGCGGCCCCAGACUUCGAAUUUCCGCACCUAAUUAUCCCAAUCUCGUCCAGCAACCCCAGUACUGCAUACCCAAAUACCCUGACUCCCUUCGUCACGGCUGGAGACAUAUCUGAGAUCUUCAACUUUGACAUUCCGCCGAGUCGAACGGGUCAGACCUGUUGCUUCCAAUUCUUCUUCCCGUUCCUGGACCAGCUGAACACUUCGUACUUCCAGCUUCGGGGCUUUGGGACCUAUAGCUUCUCCACGUCGCCUCUUGGUGACGGCGCAGUCGAGGGCAACACCACCUUCAACAAUCGACCGCUCCCGGCGUACGUUCACGGCUUCCCCAAAGCCAUCAGCAUGCAACCAGGGCACGCGUACACGAUCGGGACCACCCUCUGCGUGCCGGGGAGGAUGAGCAUAACGAUGAGUAGCUCCGACAGCAAUUUGGCGUGGUUCCAAGAUUUCAAUCCGUGUCCCAUCGGGCUCUUCAUCACCUACUCGCCAUGA